CUAUAAGAGGUAGGUCAAUAUGAAAUUCAUAUAAUUAUAUAAUAGGCUAUAGCUACAAGAGUUCUUGAGAGAUAAGGGAUGUUAUAAUGGCUGAACCAAGCCGGAACAAUUCGAAACAGAGUCAAAAGGAUUUGAAUUUAAACGACCGGCCAAAGCAAGAUGACUCUAUAGAAAAGAACCGCUAUGGCACGGGUGCAACAACUUUAAACAGUAACAAUAAUUUUAAUAGUAUAGACACUCGAAUAACAGUACCGACAAAUCCAUUUGAAACUUCGAAUAUUAGAACAUAUAAUCAUUCAGCAAAUACUAUACCACCUUAUGUUCUAGAUACAUUAUCUAAAGUUCAUUAUAGAGAACAAUUAAAUAAUACAAAUGUAAAUAAUAAUCAAUCAGAUAUAAAUCCUUCAAUUAAAUCAAUUCAUUCUAAAGCAACCGAUGAUGAUCAAUAUUUAAGUUUUGCCAAUGAUCCUUAUGUCAAAUCAUUAGAUAAUAAUUGGAGUACAUUUAUAUCAUCAAUUGCUAAUCCAGCUAGUUAUACAACAGGACAAAUAAAAUUAGAUAAAUUUGUAUCAGAAAAGGAAUGGGAUUUAAAUACUCAUUGGGGUGGUGAUGAUAGAUUAAAAUCAGCCUUACUUGGUCCGGUAUCAAGUGAAGAAACUUAUUCAAAUGAUUUAGAAAAUUCCACAUCAUUUUUCAGAUUUUUUAAAUUUAGACGUCAUAAACGUCAUCAUAAUGAUGAAGAUCAUUUACCUUAUGAUCCUGAAAAUCCUAAAGUAAGAUCUAGAGCAGGAUAUUGGAUGUCUAAUGAAAAGAGAAAAGAUUUAUUUCCUACUAUUAAACGGAUAUUUGUUCAAAAUCCUCUUGUACCAUUAAUUUUAAGAAUAUUUAUAAUUAUAAUAUCAUUAAUUUCAUUAGCAAUUGCUUGUUCAAUAUUUGUUUAUUCUAAAAGACAAUAUAAUGGAGAAAGUGUUGAAGAACAACCAAGUACUAUUAUGUCAAUUGUUGUUGAUACUUGUGCCAUAGUAUAUGUUGUAUAUAUUGCUUAUGAUGAAUAUAAUGGUAGACCAUUAGGAUUAAGAGAUCCAUUAGGUAAAAUGAGAUUAAUUAUGUUAGAUUUAUUAUUUAUAAUAUUUUCAUCAGCCAAUCUUUCUUUAACAUUUAAUACAUUAUAUGAUAAGGAAUAUGUAUGUAUUGAAGAUGAUAAUCCAGAUCUUGCUAAAAUUGGACUUGUUUUCCCUGUUGUUAGUUCAAUUUGUGGAAGACAACGAGCUUUGGCAGCUUUAUUAUUUACAGUAUUAUGCCUUUGGGUAAUUACAUUUACAGUUAGUAUAAUUCGAGUAGUUGAUAGAGUGAGUCUUUCUGCCAAUCCAAACAAUGAUUAACAAAACAAAACAAAAUAAAAUAAAAUCAAACAAUUAUUAUAUACGUUCUAUAUAUUUAUAUUAUUUAUAUUAUUUAUAUUAUUUAUAUUAUUUAUAUUAUUUAUAUUAUU